AUGAGUAAAAUCAACAGAUCAGGACAACUUCCAUUGCACGUUCGUCUCACAGAUGCCGUCCACAGAUUGACUGUAUUAGGAUUAGUCGGUAUUUGUGUCGUAGGUGGAGGUGGUAUCAUUUUCAAUAUCUAUGCCAAUUCCGAUUAUGCCCCUUGGAAUAAGAAUAAAUUGAAAUUCAAUGAGGAAGAAUAUCAUGAAACUCGUGAAGCUUCUGAAGCGUCUACAGAAAAGUAA